AGUAGAGCACCUGAUGACAAAUGCUGUCCUACUCUGCUGCUUGUUCACGAUUAUUCACGCACGAUUAAAGCACUCCGCAAAAGAUCUCGAGGGCCAGCUCUAUGAAGAUCUGCUCUUCGAUUAUAAUAAAAUUCCACGACCCGUGAAAAACAGCUCCGAUAUUCUGACGGUUGAUGUCGGAGCUUCGCUUAUUCGGAUAAUUGAUGUUGAUGAGAAAAAUCAAGUGCUCACAACAAAUUUGUGGCUUGAAAUGAAAUGGUUCGACGCGAAAUUGACAUGGGAUCCGAAGAAAUACGGAGGAUUGCGCACGCUACAUAUACCCAGUGAUUUGAUCUGGACUCCCGAUUUAGUGCUGUACAACAACGCUGCUGGUGAUCCUGACAUUACGAUUCUCACCGACGCCCUAGUUACCCAUGAAGGUCAGGUCUUUUGGCAGCCUCCAGCCAUCUACAAGUCUUUCUGCCCAAUUGAUGUUACGUGGUUUCCCUACGAUUCGCAGAAAUGUGAGAUGAAAUUUGGCACAUGGACAUACACUGGUCGUUAUGUCGAUUUAAAACAACUUCCGAAAGAAGACGUUGUAACGGUACAAAUGGAUGGUAACGAUGUGGAAUUUAUGCAACGCGGAAUGGAUCUGAGCUUCUUCUACAGGUCUGCAGAAUGGGAUCUUCUUUCACUUAGUUCACAGCGACAUUCGGUGUUGUAUGCUUCAUGCUGUGGUCCAGAGAAAUACGUGGACAUCACUUAUUAUUUCGGGUUAAGAAGAAAAACGCUAUUUUUCACCUGCAAUCUCAUUAUUCCCUGCUUCCUGAUAUCAAUCCUUACUACAUUUGUCUUCUAUUUGUCGGAUCACAAGAUCACAUUUUCCAUCAGUAUUCUCGUCACGCUCACUGUGUUCUUCUUGGUAUUAAUCGACCUGAUGCCUCCAACAUCGCUUGUUAUUCCUAUGUUUGGUAGAUACCUUAUCACCACUAUGAUACUGGUUGCACUUUCUACCGUUGUUUCUGUAGUUACCGUAAACUUCCGAUUUCGAUCUGGAUCUGCGCACAAAAUGUCGCCCUGGAUUCGCGCUGUAUUUCUGAAUUUCUUGCCCAGAGUCCUGUUCAUGUCACGUCCAACAAAGAAGGAUCAAUCCAAGCCAUCACCCACACUUGUAGACCCCACAUCGCUUGUAGAAAGGCCAUUGAGAGAGGAACCUAAAGUACCUUCGCAGUCCAGUACUCCCCGAUUGAAACUACCAGCUUAUUCUGGAUACCAUCGAGAAAAGACCACCUGCAAAGACGUUCUCAACAAUGCUUUCAAUGUAAAGGGAGAAGAAAGAAGCUCCAAAAUAGCCACCCCGAUGAAGCCUCUAAACGCCAGCAGCUCGAACUACUCGGCACCUCGAGUCGUUUUUCGGAAAUCCAAAAAAGCAAAAGGACGAGUGGAUGACGUCAUUUUUAUUAAUCUUUUGCAACAAGUACGCUUCAUUGCCGAACACUUCCAGCACAACGAGAGGGAAAGUGAAAUUUCGGACGACUGGACAUUCGUUGCGAUGGUACUGGAUCGACUUUUUCUUCUUAUAUUCUCGGUACUGAACGUUGGAACGAUGUUCAUUAUCCUGGAGGCUCCAUCACUUUACGAUUACUCCGAAGCAAUGAACAUCACCGUGCCGAGCAAGCCACUCGGACAAGCCAAUCUCUUCGGCAGUCAUUCACGCAGUGUUUAGUGUGCCUGCAACUCGAUCUCUAUGCAAAUUUUCUCAAUCAUACAUCGAAACGGUUGUGUAUUUGGAUCUCUUCUGUCUCAGUUUUUGAUAAAAUAUCGAAGA